UACUUCGGGCUUAUUUCUUUCUAGCUCUAGCUCUGUUCAAACUACUCUCUCUUUUUUCCUCUAAUUUACACAGAAAUGGAGACGAGAAGAAACAAUAUGAAAGACUCGAAGAAGAAGGUGUCAUGCAGGCGGCUCGGAGGGUAUCUUAAACAACAGAAAGGAAGGCUAUACAUUAUCAGAACAUGUGUGGUCAUGCUCCUCUGCUGGCAUGACUAAAAGUUCCAAGUGAAGAAGCAAGAAAUAUUCAUCGAUUUAUUAUUUCUGUGAAUUUGCAGAUAUAAUUUUAAGCUCUAUUACUUCUUUUCUUCUUCGUUUUUGUACUUCUUCACAAAUGUAAAUACCAACGAGAAUAUUAACUUAUUAAUU